GCUGGCCACCGCGCGCUCCCCCAGCGCUGAGUGUCUGAGAGCCGUUGGCUGCUCUGAACCGUUUGGCUCCUUCCCUUAGUAACAGCUUUUACAUUCUGCCUCAAUUCCUCUUCAAUCUAAAUCACACACGCACACACACACACACACACACAGAGAUAUUACUUCCCUCCCCCCUUCCUCGGGACUUAAUCUCUCAGCCCUCCCCCCCUCUCUUCCCCCACCCCUUCCCCCCCCCUCGCUCUGGCUUGGGAUCUAAUUGAAUAUCACAGCACUGUUUGGUGGCUAUUUAUUCCCCCCCCUUUUCUAUUUUGUGUUCUUUUUUUUUUUUGGCUUGGAGUGGGCACCUCAGCUGAGAGGGAGCUUGUAUGUGUCUCUAGCUGUAUAAAGAGGAGGAAACCCAGGGUGCAUUUCUUUUGCCUCCAUUGCAAAGGAAAAGGGGGGAGGGCAAAAGCAGCCACUCAGCCAUCAACUGCAAGAGAGAAGAGAACUGAUAAAAAGAAUGCCAAAGACAUACGGAGCCAUCACAAAAAUGAAAUUACCGAAAAGAACAAAUACAAAUAUAGCAUAAGAUCACUGCCAUGGGAAACAGAGCAAGUUCUGUCUAGAUUCAGGGCCAGAUCCUCAGCUGGUUUAAAUCUGCACAGCUCCACUGAAAUCAAGAGACUUGCCAACUACUCCAUCCAUAUUGGCCAGGGGUUAAUUUGGAAGCCAUGGCCCUCCACUUUCAAAGAAGCACCAACUAAAAUCAGCAUCAUCUUCCUGUGACUGGAGACAGCAGACAGGAGAACUUCCCUACAUCAAUGCACUGCCAAUGGUGGUGUAAUACCAAGGGCUGCACUGCUGCCACAUCACAAUUUUGUGAGGUUUCAGAGAGUAGUUCUGGGUUAUAUCCUUUGUCGUGACCUCAUGGUUUAAGUGGGAAUAAAGAUGAGUAUAAGCAGUGAUGAGGUUAACUUCCUGGUAUAUAGAUACUUGCAAGAGUCAGGGUUUUCUCAUUCAGCAUUUACAUUUGGUAUAGAGAGCCAUAUCAGCCAGUCUAAUAUAAAUGGUGCUCUGGUGCCACCAGCUGCUUUGAUUUCCAUCAUCCAGAAAGGUCUGCAGUAUGUAGAGGCUGAAGUCAGUAUUAAUGAGGAUGGUACCUUGUUUGACGGUAGGCCAAUAGAGUCUCUCUCACUGAUAGAUGCAGUAAUGCCUGAUGUGGUACAAACAAGACAACAGGCCUACAGAGAUAAACUUGCACAACAACAGGCAGCAGCUGCUGCUGCUGCAGCUGCAACUAAUCAACAGGGAUCUGCGAAAAAUGGAGAAAAUACUGCAAAUGGCGAGGAGAACGGAGCACACACUAUAGCAAAUAAUCAUACGGAUAUGAUGGAAGUGGAUGGAGAUGUUGAAAUCCCUCCUAACAAAGCAGUGGUGCUGCGUGGUCAUGAAUCUGAAGUAUUCAUCUGCGCCUGGAACCCCGUUAGCGACCUUCUGGCCUCAGGAUCUGGAGAUUCAACAGCACGGAUAUGGAACCUCAGUGAAAACAGCACCAGUGGCUCCACGCAGCUGGUACUCCGACACUGUAUACGAGAAGGUGGGCAAGAUGUACCAAGCAACAAAGAUGUGACAUCCCUGGAUUGGAAUAGUGAAGGUACACUUCUAGCAACCGGGUCGUAUGAUGGAUUUGCAAGGAUAUGGACUAAAGACGGUAAUCUUGCCAGCACCUUAGGGCAACAUAAAGGACCUAUAUUUGCAUUAAAAUGGAACAAGAAAGGAAACUUCAUUUUAAGUGCCGGAGUGGACAAGACCACAAUUAUUUGGGAUGCCCAUACCGGAGAAGCCAAGCAGCAGUUUCCCUUUCAUUCUGCACCAGCAUUAGAUGUUGACUGGCAGAGUAACAACACAUUUGCUUCUUGCAGCACAGAUAUGUGUAUUCAUGUCUGUAAAUUAGGACAAGAUAGACCUAUCAAAACCUUCCAGGGUCACACAAAUGAAGUAAAUGCAAUCAAAUGGGAUCCGACUGGUAAUCUUCUGGCAUCCUGUUCUGAUGACAUGACUUUAAAGAUCUGGAGUAUGAAACAAGAUAGUUGUGUCCAUGAUUUACAAGCACACAACAAAGAAAUUUAUACUAUCAAAUGGAGUCCUACAGGACCAGGAACAAACAAUCCAAAUGCCAAUCUUAUGUUAGCAAGUGCAUCCUUUGAUUCUACUGUUAGGUUAUGGGAUGUAGACAGAGGAAUUUGCAUCCACACUUUAACGAAACAUCAAGAACCUGUGUACAGUGUAGCUUUCAGCCCUGAUGGCAGGUACCUGGCCAGUGGCUCUUUUGACAAAUGUGUUCACAUCUGGAAUACACAGACAGGUGCUUUAGUUCACAGUUAUCGGGGAACAGGAGGGAUUUUUGAGGUUUGCUGGAAUGCAGCAGGAGACAAAGUUGGAGCAAGUGCUUCAGAUGGUUCAGUUUGUGUAUUAGACCUACGGAAAUAGCGCUACUAGUUGGAAGCCAUGGACCGACUAUGAAUGUGUACAUAGCCAAAAUGACUGUCCCUAACCCAUGUACUGCUAUAGUCCCAAUUGAACCAUGGCCAGUCCAGUACAGCCAAACCUAAAAGAAAUAUAUACAUAUACUGUAUAUAAAAUAAAAUAAAGAUUACACCCUGAA